AGUAGGGCGCGAGUGGUGUCCAAUAAAGAAAGGCAACUUCUGUUUUUUCAGUAUAAUUAGUGCGCUUUAAACUUUAUGAAACAAAAAUGUCAAGGUUUCUUCGAGCGAUCAAAAGUAUAAAACUAGACACAGUCAAGUUAGAAUUAUUACACAAAGACCUGAAAACAUGGGGCCUGGAAGGAAUUAAGCUGCGAUCCUACCAGUUGCAUGGAGUGCGGUGGCUGGCGCAGUGCCUGUGUAAUCUGGAAGGAUGCAUCCUCGGUGAUGAAAUGGGCUUGGGCAAGACCUGUCAGACCAUCUCACUGUUGGUGUAUGCUCAAGGAUGUCUUGGUAUGAAAGGCCCCUUUCUGGUUCUUUGUCCACUGUCUGUCAUGGAGAACUGGAGUCAAGAGUUGGAGCGCCUUUGCCCUAGACUGUCUGUGGUGUUUUACACUGGUGAUAAAGAAAGGAGAGCGGAGCUACAGAGUGACCUGAUGGAAGACACACAUUUCCACAUCUUGCUAACCACAUAUGAGAUAUGCCUGAAAGAUGCCAAAACACUCAAAAGGUGGAAUUGGAGUAUUUUGGUUGUUGAUGAGGCUCACAGGCUGAAAAACCAGAAGUCACUGCUUUACCAGACACUUUCAGAGUUCUCUGUGGGCUUCAGACUUUUGUUAACAGGAACACCCAUCCAGAAUAAUCUACAGGAGGUCUAUUCCCUCCUCAGCUUCAUCCAGCCUAGCAUAUUUCCAUGUGAUGCCACAGAAGACUUUGUCAGAACCUAUGCAGAUGUACAGGCUCAACACACUCUAGCCGAGGAGCUCCACCAGGUGCUGCAGCCCUUCCUCCUGCGCAGGGUUAAGGCAGAGGUGGCGGCCGACCUGCCCAAGAAGAUGGAGCUGCUGGUCUAUCAUGGAAUGUCUGCCCUGCAGAAGAAAUACUACAAGGCCAUUCUAAUGAAAGACCUGGAUGCAUUUGGAAGCGAUCAGACAAAUAAGACCCGGCUUCUGAACAUUUUAAUGCAGCUGAGAAAGUGUGUGAACCAUCCCUACCUGUUUGAUGGUGUGGAACCUGAGCCAUUUGAGAUUGGAGAGCACCUGGUGGAGGCCAGUGGGAAGCUCUCUCUCUUGGACACGAUGCUUGCAUAUCUGCUGGAAGGGGGGCAUCGUAUUCUGCUAUUCUCUCAAAUGACCAGAAUGUUGGACAUUAUGCAAGACUACUUGGAGUAUAGAGGUUACAGUUAUGAGCGGCUAGAUGGCUCAGUGCGAGGAGAGGAGCGUAAUCUGGCCAUCAAGAACUUCAGUACCAAAGAUGUUUUCAUCUUCCUCCUCAGCACCAAAGCCGGUGGUGUCGGAAUGAACCUGACAGCAGCAGACACUGUGAUUUUCAUGGAUAGUGAUUUCAAUCCACAGAAUGACCUGCAAGCGGCAGCUCGAGCCCACCGGAUUGGACAGACAAGGGCUGUGAAGGUGAUUCGGCUCCUGGGUAGGGACACGGUGGAGGAGAUCAUCUACUCACGUGCCAUGUCAAAACUGCGCCUCACCAGCACGGUGGUCGAGGAGGGCCGCUUCUCUCUGCUGGAACAGCCCCAGGGGCCUGCGGUCACCGCCAUGCAGUUAAGUGACAUUCUAAAGUUCGGAGUGGACAAGCUGCUGUCGACGGAGGAGAGCUCUGUUCAGAAUGUGGACCUUAAGCUGAUCCUGGGUCAGUCUCAGGAUGGCCACUGGUUGACGGAUGAAGAGCAUGCCACAUUCAUCAAGGAAGAUGAGCAUGAAGAGGAUGAACAGAACCAUAUGUACUACUUUGAGGGGAAGGAUUAUUCCAAAGACCCCAGCAAAGAGGACCAGACAAAGUUUGAGCUACUGCUGGAAGAGCAGUUAGCUGAGCUGGAGGACGCUGGGAAAGAGGGCCGCGCACUGCGACAUAAAGCAGGAGUUGUAUUAUCUGGGCCUCUAGCAAACCCAGUAAGGAGGAAAAGGUGUCUGACAGAGGCUGAGCUGGAGCAGAGGAGUCAGAAGAGACAGGAAGCUGCUGCAAAAAGAGCCAAGCUACAGGAAGAGAAGCGAAGACUACGGGAAGAGCAAAAAUACAAGAAGAAGAUGGCAUGGUGGGCCUCAUGCAAUUAUAAGUCCCUCUGCUUGCCCUCUGCUGAUAGCGAGGGUGAGGAUGUGGAUGAUGAAGAAGAUGACGCCAGUGUAACGUCAACAGACUCGGAACACACUGCAAUUUGCUAUGUACUCGGUGAUGUAACCCACCCUCAGGCUGACCAGGAAGAUGCCAUUAUCAUUCAUUGUGUUGAUGACUCUGGGCGAUGGGGACGAGGCGGACUCUUCACAGCUCUUGAGGUCCGUACAGAUGAAGCAAAGAAGCAAUAUGAAUUAGCAGGAGCCAUGGAAGACUUGGAGCUUGGGAAUGUGUUGCUUUUCCCCAUUGAUGACAAACAGUCAAGAAUGAGUGGACAAGACUAUCUGGCACUCAUUGUUGCACAGCAGAGAGAUAAAGCUAACAACCUGUCAGGCAUUCGGCUCACUUCCUUGGAGGAGGGCCUCAAGAAGGUCUACAGAGCUGCCAAGCAAAAGAAAGCUAGUGUCCAUCUCCCACGAAUUGGCCAUUCCACCAAAGGCUUCAACUGGUAUGGUACUGAAAGGCUGAUUCGCAAAUACCUAGCCUCGCAAGACAUCCCUACCUUCAUAUACUACUACAGAAGAAAUGCCUCACACUCUUCAGUGCCAACCUCUUCCACAAAUCUAUGUAUUUCAGCCUCAGUAUCAGCACCUCCAACAGCAGCCUCUCCUGGUCCCUUAAAGUCCCUCAGCCCUUGUGGUACUCGUGAAGAACCCAUAGAGUCUCCAGAGGUUGCUAGCAGAUCACUGGGUGGAGAAGCUCCUCGCUUGGCUGACUUCAUGAGAGGGGUCUGUGUAUUCUUCUACAACAUGGGUGCCACAGACAGAAAAAGACUUGCACGCUAUCUUCUUGCAUAUGACGGUGAUGAAGAGGACAUUAUGAGCUCCCGGGUAACUCACAUUGUGGCACAGGUGGAAAGUUCAGUUCAUAUACAGGAAUUACAGGAUUUGAUGCACCAAUAUCCUAAAACACUCCUUGUAAAGAAGAAAUGGCUAGAGUCUUGCUUUGCCAACCAAAGCAAAGUCAAUACUUCCAAAUAUAUCCAUCAUUUACAGUAAUAUGGCUUUUUAUAUCCUACCAGUGAAUCUUGUUUAAUAUUUCUCCACCUGUCCUGUAAAACAGCUUCUAUGAUUUGCUGCUCCAUUAAUAAAUCAUGGGUGUUGUAAUAUAUGUGCAAAUAAAGACAAAUAUUUACUUAAAGGUAA